UGCCCAAAAGGUUUUCUAGCCUGUCAUGAUUACGAAGAGAGAACAUUUUAGGGUUUUUUAGCUCAUUAGUUAUUCAUCAUUCUUUCAAUACGUAUUGCCGAUGAAUUGUGACUCGUAUAGCACCCGCAGACAGGCAGUGUUGUGGAUUUUAAAUGGGUGGAAAGAAGAAGAAAUCAGCGGCGGCGGCUGCUCCAGUGGCUCCGGCAGCAGCAGCGGGUCGGACCGGUCCAUCUGCAGCGGGGAACGGCGUGGCAGAGGAAGCGAAAAAGCAACCAGCCAGCAACAAAAGCACUAAAGCAGCCAAGGAGAACAAGUCUAAAGCUCCCAAAACAUACAGUCUUGCUAACACAGCACAAGUUGACACAGGAAUCUCUGACAAGUCCAUUCUUAAAGUGUCAAUCCAAGCUGACCUGGAAAAGAAGAUCAUCAAGCUCAUCAAUGACUUCCGAGAGGAGAAUGGAGACAAAGGGCCAAUAUCAGGCAGACUCACCAGCAAGAAACUGCUGGACCUUUACACAGCUUUGCAGAAGUUCAACUUUAAGAGAGAACACAUUGAGGAGGCGAUGAAGAGUAGCGUGCUGUAUGGAGGGGAUCUGCAUUCUGCUCUGGACUGGCUCUGCCUCAACCUCAAAGAUGACGAGCUGCCAGAAGGUUUUAGUCAGCAGAUGCAGGAGGAGAGCCAGAGGAGCAGACCCAGAUUCCAGCCUCCUGCUCAGCAAAAACCUGUAUCCAACAGCCCCAAAGCUCCCCAGAACACCCACAAAGAACGCAAGAAUGCAGAGGAUGAAGCUGCGAGUGUUAAAAAUUGGAUCUUGAGGUACGCAGAACAGAGCAGUGAUGAAGAUGAUGAAGAAGAGGAGUAUGAAGGAGAAAAGAAGACUGUGCACAAUCCUGAACUGGAGGAAAAGUUUGAUCCUAAUGACAGGUAUUUGGUGCUCACUGCUCAGUUGUAUGACACGAAAGAAAUGGCCACUGCUGCUAAAACCAAAGGAGACAAAGCAGGACAAAGGACGGCACAGGACAGGAUACGCAUCAUACAGCAAGAAAUGAAGCAGAUGGAGUCUCACCCCAUGUUCAAUCCUGCUAUAAAAGUGGUAGAUGUUCCCCAAAAGGAAAAGAAACCCCCUCCUGUCAGCGACGACAAAGAUGACCUCAGCUUCAACUUGUUUGAGCAAGCUGAAAAGAAGCCUCCGGCAGAGAAAGCUGUGAAGAAGAACGAGCCCAAGGACAUCCGGAAUUUUGAUUACACUGCUCGCAGCUGGACUGGAAAGUCUCCAAAGCAGUUUCUCAUUGACUGGGUCAGGAAGAACUUGCCCAAGAGCCCUCCACCAGCUUUUCACAAGGUCGCUGCUGGGAGAUACUGGAGAUGCAGAGUGCGCGUUCAGAGACCAGAUGAUGUUCUGGAAGUGUGUCCAACUAUCCUGACUGAGGACAGUAUGCAGGCACAACAUCUGGGAGCCACAUUAGCGCUCUACAACUUGGUUAAAGGACAGUCGGUGCACCAGCUCCUCCCUCCGACCUACAGAGACGUAUGGCUGGAGUGGAGAGACAACGAGCAGCAGAAACAGGAAGAGAGCCGCACCGCUGCCAACAAACCCCGAGACCAGUUUAUCUCUCGCCUCCUCACCCGACUUAAACAACAGCAGCACCAAGAACAAGGCCCAGGACCCCAACCCCUGGAAGGACAGGACAGGGCUGAAGAUGAGGAGCCGGAGGAGUCAUGGGAGAACCUGGCAGGUCUGGAUAUUGGAGAGGGGGGAGAAGAAAUGGAGGGCAAGAGUGACAAAAAAGGGGGUCGGAAGGAAGGGCCAGGAGCGCUUGAGGCAUCUAAAGAGCUCUUAAUGAAGCAAAGAAAGUCCCUGCUGGCUCUCAAACUACAGGUCGAGCGGGAGCAGCUUCCUGUUUUCCAGCACCGCCAUCGUGUCCUGGAGGCUCUUCAGCGUCACCCCGUGGUUGUCGUUGCAGGAGAGACAGGCAGCGGAAAGAGUACUCAGAUUCCUCAGUUUCUCUUGGAGGAGCUGCUGACAGGAGGAAAAGCUCCACAGCCUUGUAAUAUAGUGGUGACCCAGCCCCGCAGGAUAUCGGCCAUGAGCCUGGCCUGCAGAGUCAGCCAGGAGCUGGGCUGUGAGGACGGACCAGGAUCCAAGUCGUCGCUAUGUGGAUACCAGAUCCGUAUGGAGAAUCAGUCUGGGGAGUGGACCCGCCUCCUCUACUGCACCACUGGGGUUUUGCUUCGGAAACUCCAGCAUGACAGACACCUCAGCUCCCUGACACACAUUAUAGUAGAUGAGGUCCAUGAACGCAGUGUCCAGUCAGACUUCCUGCUCACCAUCCUCAAGGAUGUUGUUAUGAGGAGAUCAGACUUACAGCUCAUCUUAAUGAGCGCCACAGUGGAUUGUGAUAAGUUUUCCAACUACUUUAACCGCUGCCCCAUAAUCACCAUCCCAGGCAGGACCUUCCCUGUUGAGGUUUUUCAUUUAGAAGACAUAGUGGAGCAGACUGGGUAUGUCCUGGAAAAAGACUCAGAAUACAGCCAGAAAAUUCUAGAAGAGGAGGAGGAAGUCAGCAUCUCUGUCACCCAAAAAGGUGGCAAGACUUUACAGCACCAGGAAGUGAUAGUGAGGGACUCUUCUGGAUGGGACCUGGGUCCAGACCUGGACCACUUCAGCAGUCGGACUCGGCACGUGCUACAGUACAUGAACCCCAAUAAGAUCAACAUGGACCUGCUGGUGGACCUCAUGGACUACCUAGACAAAUCGCCACAGUUUGCAGAGCUGGACGGAGCUGUUCUGGUGUUCCUCCCGGGUCUGGCGCACAUCCAGCAGCUCUACGACCUGCUCUCCUCCGACAAGAGAUUCAGGGACAAAAGCAGGUACCGGAUUGUUGCUCUCCACUCCACACUCUCAUCCAAGGACCAGGCUGCUGCUUUCACAGUGCCCCCUGCUGGAGUCAGGAAGAUUGUGCUGUCGACGAACAUUGCUGAGACUGGUGUGACUAUUCCAGAUGUUGUGUUUGUCAUCGACACUGGGAAAACCAAAGAAAAUAAAUUUCAUGAGAGCAGCCAGAUGAGUUCUCUGGUGGAAACAUUUGUUUCCAAAGCUAGCGCCCUCCAGAGGCAGGGGAGAGCAGGACGUGUCCAGAACGGCUUCUGCUUUAGACUUUAUCCAAAAUUCAGGUUUGAUGCCUUCAUGGACUAUUCAAUACCAGAGAUUCUUCGGGUCCCACUUGAGGAGCUCUGUCUUCAUAUUAUGAAAUGUCAGUACGGCUCCCCAGAGGAGUUCCUGAGCCGAGCUCUGGACGCUCCUCAGCCUCAGUCGGUCAGUAACGCCGUCAACCUGCUGAGGAAGAUCGGCGCCUGUCACCCCAGCGACCAUCUCCUCACUCCUCUGGGACAUCACCUGGCUAGUCUGCCCGUUAACGUGAAGAUUGGCAAGAUGCUCAUCUAUGGAGCCAUCCUCGGCUGCCUGGAGCCCAUAGCAACCAUCGCAGCUGCCAUCACAGAAAAGUCUCCUUUCUCCACACCGAUGAACAGAAAGGAGGAAGCCAACCUGGCCAAGUCUGCGAUGGCACUGGCCAACUCUGACCAUCUGACCAUAUACAACGCAUAUCUGGGGUGGAAAAACUCCCAGGCUGACGGGCAGAGGUCAGAAAUGUCCUACUGUAGAAAACACUUCCUCAAUCGUACGGCUCUGAUUACAAUAGAGGACGUCAAACACGAGCUGAUGAAAAUGAUGGAGCAGGCGGGGUUCUGGUCGUUUCGCUCCUCUCCUCGCUUCAAGCUUCACGCGGGCACGCUGUCCAAGCAGCAGAUCUCCGUCCUGAACGCGGUUCUGACGGCCGGGCUUUACGACAGCGUGGCCCGGGUCCUGUGCACCCCCUCUGUGGAUGUGCUGGAACGGGUGGCCUGCACAGUGGAGACCCCCCAAGGCAAGGCCCAGGUUCAUCCCUCAUCCGUUAACCGCAACCUGCAAACACACGGCUGGAUGCUUUACCAGGAAAAGGUGAAGUAUACGAAGAUCUACCUGCGAGACACAACUCUGAUAUCUCCGUUCCCCAUGCUGCUGUUUGGAGGCGACAUUGACAUCCAGCACAGAGAACGGCUCAUCACACUGGACGGAUGGAUCCACUUCCAGGCUCCUGUGCGGAUUGGUGUGAUCUUCAAACACCUGAGGAAGCUGAUGGACUCUUUGCUGGAAAAGAAACUGGAGAACCCCAGGAUGAAUCUGGAAGAUGAGAAGACCAUCCAAGUGCUUCUGGACCUGAUCAAAUCUGAGCAUGCUCAGUGACAGUGGACCUCCAAAGAUCCCAUUUGCCACUGAAGAACCUGGACAUCCAUUUCCUUUUUUUUUUUUUUUUUUUUUUCCCACUAUCAACACCUUACUGCCUUUGAGGUCUUGUUGACAAAGUGCUUCCCAUUUCAUGUCUGGUAUUCCAGAUGAACGUCUGCAGAAAUAAAGUGAACAGCACCACAGUGGACAGAUGCAUCCUAAAGGUGUAAAGACACAAGGAACUAUUACUCACAUUGAGAAGGAUUGUAUAAUAUGAAAUAACAGAAGGACAUCCUGACAUUAAAAAAAAAAACAAAACAAAAUGCAAAAUAAUGAUGUUACCAAAUGUGGUGAUAAUAAAGCUGGACUGUUUUAUUUG